AAUUAGAGCCUGAGGCAUCAAUCGGAAAAUCCCCGGGCCGACCUCGCGAGGGGACUCGAUGGCGGGGCAAAGAUCAGAGACGUGUUUUUGAGCCACUGACUCGUUCAACAUCUAACUCGUCGUCCACAAAGGAUCUACGAGCCUUCUGGAACCGAGCUGCAGUAUUUCCGAAGCCAUACUCAUCAGAACCUGGCACUUGAAACAAGCCGAAAAGAUGGCAGGCAAGAAAGCCGCAGGUGAGAACAGCAAGAAAGCCGCCGGCAACGCAAAGAAAGCAGAAGUAGCGGCACAAAAGGCCGCCGCUGAGAACGCGAAGAAGGCUGCCGCAGAAGACGAGGAAUGGAGCAAGGGAGCAAAGAGCAACGCCAAGAAAGAAGCAGAAGCUGCGAAGAAGGCAGAACAAGCACGCAAGAAGGCAGAGAAGGAAGCCCUUUUAGCAGAAGAGGAGAAGAACGCGCGGGCCGCACCCAAGAACUCGAAGCAAGCGGUCAAGAAAACACGGGGUCUCGACCUCUCACAGCUUGACGAUGAACCCUCGAAACCCGCGGCGGCACUCAACGCCUCUGGUAUUGAUAACGCGCUGGAUGCGUUGUCUCUGACAUCCAGCGCAGCGACGAAGAUCGACAAGCAUCCGGAGCGGCGGUUCAAGGCGGCGUUUGCAGCGUUCGAGGAGCGGCGGCUACGGGAGAUGGAAGCGGAUGGUAGCGGGCAGGGCUUGAGACAGAACCAGAAGAAGGAGAAGAUCCGCAAAGAGUUUGAGAAGAGCGAGGAGAACCCCUUCAACCAGGUUAAUGCGCGGUACGAUGCGAGCAAGGAGGAGCUGAAGGCGAUCCAGGCUGCUGAGCGGCAGAAGAUCGAGGCGCGGUUGACGGAGAAGAAUUAG